AUGUUUCACGAAAAGCUGAAUAUCAACUAUGAUGAAAUGGAUCUACGUGAUGCGUUUAGACUAAACUCCGGAGGAAAUACUAAUAAACCUAAACCUGUUAUUAUUGAAUGUUUGACAUCUAAACUUAAAUCCGAAAUCCUUAGUCAAGCGAAACUGUUAAAAGGCACUGGUAUUUUUAUAUCUUUGGAUUAUACUAAGGAGGACUAUGAAACGAAGAAAAUUAUCUUUAAGCACCAGAAAUUAGUACGCUCACAAGGCCGCUCGGCACAAAUAAAAGGAAACACACUGAUUAUUGAGGGAGUUACCUAUAAAGUUGACGAUUUACUAGAGGCUUCCAAUCCUAGUAGCCUUGGAGAAUCUCAUCGUAGCAGACAAAAUAGCACAUCAUCAAUUGGCAGUUCUUCGAGAAAUACAAAUAGAGUUCUUAGAUCACAACAUCCUAAUCUUAAAUACUUUCGAUAUAUAAACUUUUCUUUUUAUGUGUUAAAUUAUGAGUUGCCGAAUAUAUAG